GAGCCACUCCACGCUUGCUAUUUUCAAAAUGGAAAAGCCCAAAUUCUCUCUUUCCACCCUGACAAGCACUCGCAGCGCCCUGCACAUGGCGCAGAUCGUGAUAUGUGUGGUGACGUUUGCAGUGAGCUACGUCUGGGGUCACCCGCUUCACACCUACUGGAUCUACUGCAUGGUGGUGUGGGGUUUGUGUCCCAUCAUCUCGCUGGUCGUCACCAUAGUGGAGAUGUUCCUCAUCCACAAGCUGAUCCUGGUGUUCUGCAUGGACUGGGACGACUUCACGACCGGCAUGGCCAUGAUGGCGUCGCUCUGCACGUUCUCCUGCACGGUGAUGUUCGCCAACUUCUACAUCUGCCGGAAAUGCAUCUGGGGCUGGACGGUCACAAUCCUUUCUGUGGUGUGUUGCGCGCUUUACUGCGUGGAGACGUUCAGGGACAAAUGCGAUGCGACGCGCUCCGCGACGUACGUGGCUGCGCUUCCAGGCUUCAUUAAGAUUCUCGAGGCCUUCGUUGCCUGCAUCAUCCUUAUUUCCCUGAUCGGUUACAGGGGUAACCCGCCUCUGCUGUGGUGUAUCGUGGCUUACGCGGUUCCUUUGCCUCUAACCCUCCUGACCAUUAUCACCAACAUCUUGACCAAGAUAAAGAAAUGUCUGCCCUUCAGCAUUGAUCGUUUGACUAUGAUUUUCCUGAUCAUAUCAGUUCUGCUUUACAUCACUGCCGCCAUCCUCUGGCCCACCUACAGCUUCAAAGGAAACCCACGGCCCAAAGACUGUCCGGGAAACAGCUGUAUAUGGAGCAUCCAGUUUGUUGUGACCUUCAUGACCUAUGUUAACCUUGGCCUGUACGUCACUGACCUGAUCUUGACCUGCUUGGGUAUCUGUGGAUUCAAACGCUCUUAACAGUAUCACUACUGUACAAUCUUCAAUUAAAAAUAAAAGAGUGAUGUCAUAGAAGAACCAUUUUGGUUCCUUAAAGAACCCUUCAUGGACCAGUUAAAAGAACCAUGUUUUUAUUUACACUCUUGAAAAUAAAGAUUCCAAAAAGCGGGUUUUGCUGCAGUGGCAUUGAAAAAAACAUGUUUGGCUUCUUAAAGAACCUUAAAGAACCUUUCUGUGUUUCUUAAAAUAACCAUUUUUUGUUUUUUAAUAACCUAAAGAACAUUUUUUCCACUAUACAGAAGCUUUUGUGCAAUGGAACGCUUUAAUAGAUGAUAAAGGUUCUUCGUGGAACCAUCAGAAUCUCUUUAGUUUAAAGACUGCAUUUCAUUUGUACUGUCAUUCUUGUUUCUGUAGUUAUUGGAAAUGUUUAUGUAUUUUCUAUUUCACUUUCAU